GCUGCUCCAACCACAACCACAGUAGCUACAACCACAGCUGCUCCAACAACAACCACAGCUUCUCCAACCACAACCACAGCGGCUACAACCACAACCACAUUAGCUACAACCACAACCACAGCUGCUCCAACUACAACAACAGAGGCUCCAACCACAACCACAGCUCCUCCAACAACAACCACAGCUGCUCCAACCACAACCACAGCAGCUACAACCACAACCACAGCAGCUACAACCACAACGGCUCCAACAACAACCACAGCUGGUCCAACGACAACCACAGCUGCUCCAACUACAACCACAGCUGCUCCAACCACAACCACAGCUGCUCCAACCACAACCACAGAGUCUCCAACAACAACCACAGUUGCUCCAACCACAACCACAGCGGCUCCAACCACAACCACAGCAGCUACAACCACAACAACAGAAGCAACAACUACCAGCACAGCGGCUCCAACAACAACCACAGCGGCUCCAACCACAACCACAGCAGCUCCAACCACAACCACAGUAGCUACAACCACAACCACAACCACAGCUGCUCCAACCACUACCCCAGCGUCUCCAACCACAACCACAGUAGCUACAACCACAGCUGCUCCAAUAACAACCACAGCUUCUCCAACCACAACCACAGCGGCUACAACCACAACCACAGUAGCUACAACCACAGCGGCUCCAACAACAACCACAGCUGCUCCAACCACAACCACAGUAGCUACAACCACAGCUGCUCCAACAACAACCACAGCUUCUCCAACCACAACCACAGCGGCUACAACCACAACCACAGUAGCUAAAACCACAGCGGCUCCAACCACAACCACAGUAGCUACAACCACAACCACAGCUGCUCCAACUACAACUGAGGCUCCAACCACAACCACAGCUGCUCCAACCACAACCACAGCGGCUACAACCACAAUCACAGUAGCUAUAACUACAACCACAGCUGCUCCAACCACAACCACAGCUGCUCCAACAACAACCACAGCUGCUCCAACCACAACCACAACUGUUCCAACCACAACCACAGCGGCUCCA